AAAUAUGAUGCAUAAUUUUGAAUUUCUCCUUCAAUGAGUGCUCUACUUAAUUAUUAUUAUUCUAAUUGUACAUAUUGGACUAUAUCUUCUGAUAAAUUUUCGUUGAAUUUCAUUUCGCUGACGUUGUUUUGCUCAUUAGUAAUAUUACCUGCGUAUGACAUGAGCCGUUUAGUGGCGGAGGCAAUAUUUAAAUGCCCUGGUAUUGCAGCACUCGGGAUAGAGAUCAAAACAUUUUGAGGGAAUCACAUCUUAUUCUUGUUUUUGAAGCUGAAACUUUCACAAACUUGGUAAAGGUAAAAGGUUUUUUUACCAUCUACAUCGUUCAAAUGGCCAUGGAAACAUAUACUGAAGAUCAAGAUUACAAAAACUGCUCAGUCAAAAACAGAAAAUCAGAAAACAAAGCUUUCAAAGCGACAAAAACCUGGAACACAUUUGUCAAAUCGUUUGAGUCACAAAUAUGUUGCUGCCGCAAUCGGAAAAAUCUUAAGAUUUACAAAGAAUGCUUCACCGGUUCAUCAGCUGUUAUCACAAUGCAUAAAAUCCUGAAAGAAAUGGGAAACUAUGAGAAUGUGUCAAGAUCUCAGGGUAUAAAACUGCUACAGAAAUUCAUGGAUAUUAAUGGCAAAUGGUUAUCGGAAGAAUUCAAAGAUUCGGGAAAAUUAUAUAGAUUGGCCAAAUGCAAAUGUUUGAAUGCCAGCAAGAAAUGGAUCGAAAAUCGAUCACAGAAUCGAAAUAAUUCAAUUCAUGCAUUAGUUGGAAGAAAAGUUUCCGUCCAGAUAGACGAAACUCAAGCACAUUUUCGAAAAACUGCAAAAAGGUUUUCAACCUCUUCCUGUAGCACGAUGGAAUGGACGAAUAAAAAGAUUUUAAAAAUAUUAACACGGGGCUUCAACACUCUUUGAACUCAAAGCAAUCCGACGCAAGAGUUCUCAGAUUCAGAUUCAGAUUCAGAUUCAGAUAUUUAUUUUCGUCAUGCAAAAAACAAUGCGCGAUAUGAAAAAUGAAUAAAUAAUAUAAUGUAACAAAAUGUCAAAUGGAUAUCGGCUUG